UCACUGAUCAGAGUCUGACCAAUAAGCUGUCCCUCAAACUCCCUAAACAGGUAGUUAUGUUUAAUAAACUGUGUGAUCUGGAAACAGAACACUGAAUGCAUGUGAAUGGCCAGGAGGCGAAGACCUCGGUACCUAUCUAGAUAGACAUAUAUGUGUACAUGUAUAGAUAUGUACACAUACACUAGAGACACUGCUGCUGGCAGUUAAACUUCCUUUUUUAUCGAGGCAGCUCUCUGUGAAUAUCGCGGCACCACUCAUUCAGUCGUUAGAGUCCUGUAAAUCUGCAGGAAUUAUAUAUGGAGCAUCGCUAACAUGGACGCUGCUGCAUACUGGUUUAAGCUCGCAUGCUGGGUGACGGUGGCGUUCCCAGUCAGCCCAGACCCCAACGAUCUGGACAAGAAAUUCCUGAAGUCUCAGCCAUGUGAUGUGAGCCAGAACACCACCAAAGGAACAGUGGUCUUCGACUGCCACAGUCGGGGACUGAAAGAGGUGCCAGACGUUUUCACAAACACCACCAGCCUCGAUCUGUCUGAGAACAGAAUCCAGAAUUUAACGCUGGUUAAAAUGGGCAAGCUGCAAAAGCUGACGGACCUCAAUCUCAACUGGAUGAAUAAAAAUAACGACGUGAACAUCACAGCAGGAGUUUUUGCAAACAUGACGAGUCUAAAGAAGCUACAGCUCAGCGGAGUUGGUCUGACACACGUGCCCGAACAGCUUUCGAAGAGCCUGAAAUAUCUGAGCUUGAUAGAAAACAGAAUCACCUCACUAAAUGCUACCAGCUUCUCCAACACGACGGCCUUGUUCUAUCUCAACCUGUCCAGAAACUGCUACUACUGGAAUGUUUGUUCGAGAGUUUUUACAAUUGAACAUGGAAGCUUUUCCAACCUUACCAAGUUAAAGGAGUUGUCUCUGUCGUUCAAUAAUCUAACGCACGUUCCCAGAGGAUUGCCCGUCUCCUUAAAUACGCUUGAACUCGCUUCCAAUAGCAUCGCGUAUAUUGGGGAGGAUGAUUUCAAAGAUCUGCGAAAUCUAUUGAUUCUUAAAAUCCAGGGCAACUGCCCCCGGUGCCAUAACGCUCCAUAUCCCUGCAUCCCAUGUCGGAAUGGUUCUAUUGAGAUACACGAACGAGCUUUUGACAAUCUCCAGGACCUUAAUUUGCUGCACCUUGCUGGGAACUCUAUUCGUUACAUGAAGAAAGCAUGGUUUGAUAACAUAUUCAAGCUUCAGCAACUCUACCUUUCAUUCAAUUUCUUGAUGGGUGAAAUUGAGAGUGGACAUUUUUUAAUGAAUCUGCCGCUACUGAAGAAACUUGAUCUCUCGUUUAACUAUGACCUGAAGGCUUAUCCCCAGUCUGUGAGACUAGCACCUACUUUUGCAAACUUGACCUCUCUUAAGGUCCUCCACAUUCAAGGUUUGGUUUUCAAAGAAAUCAAUAGUGAAACUCUGAGUCCACUUUACAACCUGCAAAAUCUGUCGGUGCUGGAUUUAGGGAUAAAUUUCAUUGUACGUGCCAAGUCAGACCUCUUCAGGCAGUUUCAGAGUCUGAAGCUGCUGUACCUUUCAGAAAACCGACUUUAUCCUGUUAGCACCUCUGAGGUUGGGCAGUUGGGCAGCACUUUUGGUUCAGUCUUCACCCUUCCUGGACUGUCAGGGUCCAGCUCCAAAAAGGAACAAAAUUUUGAGGUGUCAAACCAACUUGUCAAACCUGAGUGUUACAAUGCUGGUCGUGUGCUGGAUCUAAGCAAGAACAAUCUCUUCUUCAUCGCCCCUGAGCAGUUUAAAGGAUAUGAGAACAUAUCCUGCCUCAACCUGUCCAGGAACGGCUUUGCGGCAGCUCCGAAUGGGUCCGAAUUCACAGCUUUGCCCCAGCUGAAAUAUCUAGACUUGUCUUACAACAAAAUUGAUUUGGCCUACGAUAACGCCUUUAAAGAGUUGGAAGAGUUGGAGGUGCUGGACCUCAGCUUCAACACACAUUAUUUUACUGUGCCUGGAGUUACCCAUAAUCUAUGUUUUUUAAAGACGUUGCCCAAGCUGAGAGUCCUAAAUAUGAGCUCUAAUGGCAUCUUUACCUUAACCACAAAGAAGAUGUACAGCGAUUCUCUCAACGAGCUCCAGUUCCAGGGCAAUAAGCUCCAGAAGUUAUGGAAAGACGAAACAUACGACAAGCUUUUCGAAUCAUUGACAAACCUGACGUACCUCGACAUCUCGCACAAUGAGCUGACGGAUAUCCCCGAGAGAGUUUACGCCCACCUGCCUGACACGAUCAAGAAAUUCAGACUGGCCCACAAUUCUCUGACGAAUUUCAACUGGACUUUGAUGAAAAGGUUCACACAACUCGAGGAGCUCAUUCUUAGUUACAACAGAUUGACAAAUGUAUCCAAUAACAUAAGCGUGAGCACCCCCUACCUGCAGUAUCUGGACCUCAGGCACAACAGGAUCUCUCAACUGACCGACGGGUUUCUCAUCGGCGCGGUGAAUCUCAAGCGGCUGGACCUCAGCCAGAACAGACUGGCCGUCAUCAAUAUGUCCACCUUCCCGGACCAGGAGCAGAACCACCUGAGCACUUUGUGGCUCCACGGUAACCCUUUCCGCUGUACAUGUGACAUAAUGUACUUCAUCCUUUGGAUCGGUCACAGUGAUGUGGCGAUCCCAGAACUUGUCACCUCUGUGAAAUGCAACAUGCCUGAAUCUGUCAAAGGGAAAGCAGUGGUACAUUUCGACAUCCAGGAAUGCAUCAACGACAAAGUUGCCUUCCUGAUCUACUUCUUCACGACCUUCUUCAUUAUUUGCAUCACCUUCAUCUCAACCAUAAUGCAUUUGUUCUACUGGGAUGUUUCUUACUUGUUCUUCUAUUUGAAAGCCAAAUUCAAAGGAUACCAGUACCUGAGUUCUGUGGACAGCAUCUACGAUGCCUUCGUGACUUACGACACUAAAGACCCGCUGGUGUCCGAAUGGGUCCUGAACCAUCUCAGGGUACAGCUGGAGGAGCAGGGGGAGCGGUACUUACCCGUGUGCCUGGAGGAGCGGGACUGGGUGCCAGGCUGCCCCCUGCUGGAUAACAUGACCCAGAGUAUCCAGCAGAGCCGCAAGACCGUCUUUGUGCUCACGCGCAGUUACGUCAACAGUGGCUCUUUCAGGAUGGCAGUGUACCUGGCCCACCAGAGGCUGCUGGAGGAAAGCGAGGAUGUGAUUGUGCUGAUCUUGCUGGAGCCCGUUCUCCAGAACUCUCACUUCCUGCGGUUGCGGCGGCGCCUGUGUGGCCGAAGUGUCCUUGAGUGGCCACGGGCGCCAGCUGCAGAACCGUGGUUCUGGCAGGGUCUGCGGAACGCCAUCCGGGUGGAGAACACCGCCAUGUACAGCCAACUCUACUCCAGAUACUUCACCAGCAACAGCAGGAGGGAGGAAGACUGAACUGGGAGCCAGUUCUACUGGAAAACUGUCUCAGCAGAGGAAGUCAGCUGAAGUCUGGCUGAUAUACUGUAAUAUUUCUCACUUUCAGAUUGUUGUAUUGAAUUGUAGGAUUAUUCCACUUACUGCUUGGUUCUGUCUUCAAAAAAGCAGAUUUCUAACAGAAUAUGGCAAUUUAAAAAUAUAAUCACUAUUAUGAUUAAUACUAGAUGAGGCAAGUUUAUUUACAGAGCACCUUCCAUACGCUGCUGUCAUUCAAAGCGCUUUACAAAUGAGAAAAUACAUUUAAAAGCCAUUAAGGAGAAUAAAAAUUAAAAACAGGAUUAAAACAAUAGAUUUAGAAAAGAAAGCUGUUAAAUUAAAAAACAAAUUAAAAAUUAAAUUAGGAUAAUAAUGGAUAAUAAAGUGCAGAGAAGAAAGGCCAGAGAUGCUGUGAUUAAACUGAGCUGAAAGCUACUGAAAUAAUAAAAAUAAAAUUAAAGAUUAAAUUAGAAUAAUAAAGGAUAAAACAUGCCAUUACAGAGAAAAAGGGUCUAGAAGUGCCAACGGUGUGUAAACCCAGCUGAAAUCUGCUCAAACAGUAGAAAUUAACUGAAAAAUGAAAUAUAGUUCCUGGUGAUCUGAGAGUUCCGCUCGGCUCAUGUCGCUGCAGCAGGUCAGAUCAAUACGUUUACUUUUACUAAGUGUUCAACGUGUUUAAAUACGUUGAAUAAUCCUAUAAUAUUCCUGCAGUGUACGCCGACGCUGACGGCAGCUCGGCUGAAACAGGCCAGGGCAGAACGAGGCCUGGUCUGUUUUUACCUUUAGACCACGGGUUCGUUCGUUCAGCUGUCUGUGUGAAAGCUGCGAGUUUCCUCUUGUGUUUUCAGUAUUUUUGCUUCAUAUUUUAUUUACAGUAAUUUGACUUCUGCUGAUGCCGAUUCAAAAAUGAAACUGAAUGUUUAAAGUUUAAAGUUUAAUUUCCAGCAAAAAACGUUUGAACUGCAUUCAUUCAUUCCUUCUUUCCUUUCUCCUGUUGUUUAUGUGUUAAAACUGAGGUUAACACAAGAUUCCUAUUGUGUUUAUCAUCCUGUCAUAUUUGCACAAAAUUCCUAAAAGCAAUCAUGCAAAUCUUUAUGCAUCUUGUCAAUUAAAGACACGUUAAUUUGCAUAA